AUGAUGCCCACGUUCCUCCAAGCGAUCUGUUCCACAUGCAUAGCUCUUGCAAUAUACACAGCAAGUCUAGCCAUCUACCGUCUCUUCUUCUCCCCGCUCGCCAAAUUUCCCGGCCCAGCUCUCGCCGCUGUCACCAGCUGGUACGAGGUAUUCUUUGAUGUUCUCCUCGGUGGCCAGUUCAUGUGGGAAAUCGACCGUCUCCACGGAAAUUAUGGUCCUAUUGUGCGGAUCAACCCCAACGAACUCCAUAUCAAAGACCCAGACUACUAUAACACCCUCUAUGCAGGGCCCACAAAGCGACGGGAUAAGUACCUUUGGUUUCUAUCUGUCGGAGCUUCGACCUCGACCUUCGCCACCGCAGAAUAUGAUCACCACCGCUUGCGGCGUGGGAUGAUUAGUCCCUUUCUCUCCAAGCAAGCUGUCAGGGACUUGGAGGGGGUUAUCAAGGGCAAGUUAGAUUUGCUCUGUGGGCAUAUGGAGAAGGCCAUGAGGACUGGUGAGGCAGUGGAGUUGCAUACUUCUUUCGUGUCGUUUGCUGUGGAUGUUGUUUCGACCUAUGCAUUCGGGGAGAGCGGGUGCUUCGAAGAGUUGAGGAGGGAAAGGCUAGAUGACAGAUGGAAGAAGGGCGUAAAUAGCACCUUCGCCAAACUCAUUCUUGCGAGGCAUUUUCCUUGGCUAGUGGUUCUUUUUCGGUUCCUGCCUCUGUGGGUCAGUGCGCUUCUCGCUCCUGGGGUGCGGUAUAUUGAUUAUACGGAGAAGGUAAGUUUCCUGGGAGAAUUUGGUUGCACUGUUGAUGUGGACCUGAGUGUUACUAAUAAAUAUGGACAUCAGGAGAUAGAACACCAAAUGCAAUACGUGUUUGCGAAAAACAAGGACGGCGUCAAGGAGAAUAGCAUCUUCUCGCAGCUUAUGCACAAUCCUAAACUACCUCCGAAGGAGAGGACAUUACAUAGACUGACUGACGAUGCCAAAUUUCUGAUGAUUGCCGGCACUGACGCUCCAUCUCAGGUUUUGGCCAUCACAAUGUUCCAUGUUGUUCGUUCUCCGCUGGUCUGUCGAGACUUACGUAAGGAGCUGCAGGACAAGACUGCACAUUUACAAGAUGGGCUUGGCUUGAGCAUGCUUGUAAAACUUCCGUAUCUGACUGCAGUCAUUAAAGAGGGGCUUCGUGUCUCUGCCGUUGUCACAUCACGUCUCCCGCGGAUUGCGCCUGAUGAGACACUGGAGUUCAGAAACUGGAAGAUUCCCCCAGGGGUAUGGUGUCUCUUUCAUAUCAUUCUAGAAUCUGUUUUGCUGGCUGACGAGGCUUUCGACAAACGACAGACCCCAGUGAGCAUGUCCAGCCACUUCAUUCUGCGGGAUCCCGCUAUAUUCCCUGAUCCACUAGUCUUUCGGCCUGAACGGUGGCUAACACCAAGCCCUACCGGCUUGAACUUGGACAAAUAUCUCGUACCGUUCUCAAAGGGAAGCCAAGGAUGUUUGGGGCCAAAUAUGGCUCAUGCUUGGUUCUACCUAGCCCUAGCCACGCUGCUGCGGAGAUUCGAAUUCUCUCUGUUUGAAACCGCCGAAGAGAACAUUAGGACAGUCCGGGACUGUUUCAAUGGACAGACAAAACCUGGACAAAAUCAUAUCCAGGUGAAGGUGUUGGCGGAGUGUACAUAG